GUGUACCACCCAGGAAGGUGGACCACCACAGGAGGUCGACAGUGGCGCCUUGCAUGAUUCAUUCCGGGAUGAUCGUGCCCAGGGUGCCUCUAUUGGUGAAGCCAUCGCUUUGGUUGCCAGUGCCUACAACAUUGGACCGGAAAUCGUCCAGAUGAGUGUGCUGGGAGCACUGGAAAGCACCCGGGGUGAAGACAAGGAAGAGGCCGGGCCCACCAAUGAUCCCCUUGCCUGGGCGGAAAGUCGACCAUCUCUGACCGGAAUUCAGGCGCCACCGCCACCACUGCCACCAGGUCUCUCGCAGGAAAGUAGUCUGGUUCAAACAAGGGUGGCACCGCCUGAAAAUUAUCUGCUGACCCCAGGUGGUGGACUACCUGACGCAGUUGCCCGUCUCUUCCCAACGGCCGGACACGAUACGCCUUCCGGGCUAGUGAGUGCAGCUACCGGGGCUCUGGCUCUCCAGCAACCGUCCAUUGGGCUUGGGCAGGGCCUCGUGCGCAAGGCAGGGGCAGCUUUUGGAGAACAACUUGGCCCUAGCAACCCCACCUUGGCCACUGAUCGGAUUAUCCACGCCAUUGAUGGACUUCGCAAGGCGCAAGACGAGGAUAAGACGGGGACCAAAGGGCAAGUGAGCUCCAUCAAAGAAGGGGAGAAGCUUGACGUGUUUCUGGCCAGAGGAUGCGGUCAGCUAUCGAUCGAACUCUGCAAGGGAGUCUAUGGGAAGGAGCUAUUCCACAGCAUCAAGCGGGCCGGACUUCACGCGAAGCACGAGCUUGGUCUGAUAAAGUGGCCAGUCCUGAUCACCAACCCAGUGGCGUUGUCCAUAGCUGGCUUAUGGUGGGGUGGGACCGAGAGUUUCACACUACUGGCAGCUGAUUGUGCGACGGCCAGAGUUGAACAAAUCGAGAACUGGUCGCCACCGACCGAACAUAAGUUGGAAGCCCGCAGUAAGGCUCCUACUACUUUUCUCACGUGGCUUCGCUACGCGGAAAACUCCAUCAAGGUGUUUGGGAGUGCAUACGGCCUCGAGCACGUCCAGGAGAGGAACAAGUUUCUACAAGCUCUCCGUGAAGCACACGAAGAGGAUGAGAAUGCCUUUCCUUUCACUUACUGUGUGCAGCUCUUUGAGGAGAUGACCGCGGUGUGGUGUGAAGAAAUCCGAGAAAGCCGACGACGCCUUUGCGCUAAGUUGGGUACCGAGAAUCCCCGCUUGGAAGAUUUCAAGCUGGUAGCGCUCUCUCCCAGCACCACGGGUCAAGCAAAUUUCCAAUUUUUGAGGGUGUGGGAUUUGGCUGAUCCAGCGGGCUAUUACCAGAGGGUCGUCCUACCUCGCCAGAACAAGGCCAUGGCACGGCUGCUCAACAAGCAGUUGCAUGACCACGUCACCAAGGACACAGACAAGGCUGGUCGCGCCUCGAUUGGCCUUGAGUUAAGAGAUCCAUCCAGCAUGCUCCCCAAUGCUCGAAAACCAAAAAGCCCAUAUGCUGGGAUGCAGCUUGCCACAUUGGCUGCCAUCGGAGUGCUCCGGCGCGGAGGAUUGCGUAACGGGCCGAAGGUGAAUCCUCAGGUGGAACCUGGUGCUACCGCCCAAGGGAAAGCAAAGGCGCAUCCCAAGGCCAAGGCUAAAGAAAAGGCUGGCUGGGCCGUCCCAGAGGACUAUCAGGGACCUGUUACUCAACUCGAACGCGAGCUUGGAAACCUCGCCGAGGGACCUGAUUACUCAUGGCAUCAGCAGUUUCGCCAGGACACGGAAGCCACAGCAGCGCAGGCCGGCACAGGUGAAGCACAGAGACGGAGGGACGUAUAUGAGAAGCUUCUAGCCAGCAAGAAGCUCGAUCCCCUCUCGGGUUGUAGUGAUCAUCUCCAUUCUCAUGUGGCCUCUCAUUUUAUCAAUGCAGAGAUGCAAGGCAGAGCCUUACAGCUUUCGGAGACACUCACCCAAGCGAUUGACUAUGGACACCCACAGCUUGCUGAGGAGGCUCAGGAGGUGCUGAGUUCCAUUGGUGCUAAAGCAGGUUUGGCUCUCCCCGAGCCCGAAGCUUGUUUCGACACCUUCUCUUGGGCGGACGGGAUUGGUAAGGGCCAGACAACUUUCAGCCAUCCCUUGUGGGAAGGCGUUCCGCCCCUUAGCAUCCUGGAUGCCCAGGACAAAUUAACUCUUCCAGAAGAUUUAAGGGUCGCCCUGCAGCUCGGCAGCGAGAGAGCUGAAGAAAUGCGACAGUGCCUUUGUUUGCACGUUGCCUUGGCAUUCGAAGCGGAUCUGUCUACGGCAUGGGAGAGAGCCCGUGACCUGAGACGAGAGUUGUGGGAGGAUAGCAGUGCCGCCUUUCAGCACCUCGGUGACGCCAGCCCGUACAUCAGCACCGCCGAAGCCUUCGUACGACACAAUGCUCACGAUUGCAUUUACCCAGACCACGAAAAGGAUUUUCGGGUUCUGCAGUUGUUUGCUCGUCGAUUCAUGCAAGGUACCGGAGCUUUGGAAGCUUAUGGGGCUGUCGUCAUUCAUCGAGGAGAGCGUGUGGUUCGGGAACUCGAAGUCGAAGGAUGGGCAAGUUUCCUGGAGGCAGGGGUUGAGGAGGAUGAUGCUGGUGAUCCGGCACGCCCGUCCGUUGACAUUGGUUUGUGUGGCGUUACCGCCCAGUCACCCCCUCAACGUUUUUCCUUGUUUGUGCCUCCUUCUGAGAUGGAUUCGGAAGUCGCACGGAUCUUGGGAGCUGCGGACUCGGUGUCGGUUCGACCGAUGCCAGAUGUACAAAGUGGCCAGCAAGCUUGGCUCACGUGGGCGAUAUCUCAGCCGGCAGCCGGGUCCUACCCUGGCAUCCGAUUGCUGGAUUCUUUGGCUGAAGAAUGGGUACCGAGCCGAAGAGAGAAGCCUCUUACCAGGGAAGAGGCGAAAAACCAUGGGUCAGUGUAUGGUUACGAGGAGGAACUCCUCCAAAAGGCCUGGAAAGAUGCAGCAUACGGAGCAGCCCUCUUCGUCGAUCCGGAAGUGGGGAAAGUCAGCCAACUUCUCGACCGUGCCGGAGUCGCUGAAAGCCCACUAGACAGAGUGCCGAAGCAGAACCCGGACAGGACGAUCUCGGCAGAGGGCCGACCUAUCAAUGACAUGAGGCAUCCCGGGGUGCCACAGAAGUGUGCUAAAAGGGAUGUGCCCCGAGCAUUCAAGUGGCAUUUCCUGCGAGCAAAAGAUGUCCCUGAGUUCGCUGUGAAGCUGGCGGGGCUCAUCAUCCUCAGUCUGGCCAUGCCCUUCGGCUGGGUAGGUUCGCCGGGAGAGUUUGUAGCGUGGAGUGCUGCCGCCAGAGCGCACCACGGGUCGUUCCGACCGAUGGACCCAAAGUUCAAUGACGUGGUCCCUUUCGAGUCGAAAUGGCUAAUGGAUGACGGCGUGGUUGUCGAGCCGAUGGUCGGCAAUCGGGUGUUUGACUCUCUCGCGGUACUCGAUGAGACGAUGCAGCUUGUGUGGGGCCCUGAGGGAGUGAACGUGGAAAAGAUGGCAGAGGAAGGCGAGCCUUCCACGACCCAACUUCUCUGGGGCCUACACAUGAACUUUGAUACGCAGGAGGUGCGGCUCCCUGAACCGAAACGCAUCAAGGCCAAGUAUCUCCUGGGUGAAACCGCCCUGCAGAGGGGUUGCCGAGAGGUCCCCUUACGCCUGCUGCAGGAGUUGAUCGGCUGCGCGCAAUAUUGGACUGUGGCCUGCCCAGCCCUCACCCCCCAUCUUCCCACUUUGUACCACCUGCUUAAAGGAAACCUGCAAGGCAAAGGGGGUUCCGGGAGUAAGAGAGCCAACAGCACGCUGGUGCAGGUCGAAGCCGUCAGUGCCAAUGAGGAGAAUCGACGGUGGGAAGACUUCUGGGAUGCUCUCGACUUUAUUAGGCUGCAGCUCGAGGCGCCACUGCAGUGCAGUUUCGUCUCGGUCUUUGAGAAGCUGCUUCCAAUUCGAGAGCGGCUCGCUCUCCCGGGUGUGACCGCCCGUGCACGGAUCACAGGACGAGACGCAACCCUCGAACGAAUUGGGGCUGUCGACUGGAAGGCUAAGGUUUUCCACGCCGAACAUGUUGAUCGGUAUCGCGAAGGUCUGCAGAACUUAGCUAGAGAGGGUGAGGAAACCGACAUUAUUUCGGUUAUGGAGCUUCUCGCUUUCGUUGCGCUGGCCUGUCACCGCAGAAACGAAUGGGCUGGCGAACUGGUCUUGUAUGUCACCGACAACAUGAACGUCAGAACUUGGCUGCAUAAACGCAGGCCACGUAAUCGAGCCGCUAGCUUGCUGGUGCGUCUGGUUCAGCGUUUGGAGUCUGAGAAUCAUUUCACGGUGCAUCCGAUCUACAUCCGAACGUAUCGUAACCAACUCGCCGACUGGCUUAGCCGGGAGGAUUUGCAGGUGGUCCGUGAACAGCUCGCAGCCGAAGGAUGGACAGAAGUGGCGACAGGGCUCCAGUGGGAGGACUUCUUGAGAGACGCGGAGCGUUCCGCUCUGGUUUAUCCAACCGGGGACGAUCCCCAGGGACACGUGGCGCGGCAACUCACGCAUCCAGCCGAACCGGCUCCUAAACCGCUGAAACAGGUUUGCCUGCGUGUCCCGUGGCAACCGCUUCAUGUGGAAGAGUAUCCGGAAAUCACCAGUUGUGGGAUCGCCCUCCGCCUUUUCGGGGUCUGGAGUUCGGAAGACCAACCGUAUGCUUGGUACACGUUCUCGCAAGACCCAUCGGGGAGGGAGCGAAAGCGAUUCGAAUGUAUUUUAGAAGCCAACAGCACCCGGCUCAAGAAGUUGGUUGUUGACUGCCCGCGGCAGUUUGACACUACACAGCUGGAUCAAACUUUAAGGGUUUGCUUCCCCAAUGUGGAGACCUGCCAGUACAUUAGCUCGAACCUCGGAGCAAUCACCGCCCGCAGAAGAACUUUAGUCUUCUGUUGGAGAGACGUUUCCCCUCCUCCCACUUUCUUGGGCCAGUACCGAGCCAACCCCCCCCCCCGUCGAUGCAGAUGA